AUGGUCAACUCGAACGUCCUUUCCCUCAUCGCUGCCCUGGCUUCCUCAGGUGGACUCGUUCAAGUCAACGCCCUUGGCUGCUACAGCCAUGGGCCCACGUUCUCCGACCUAGGGCCCCUGGAUGUCGAUAGUUCGAUCAACAACUUCUGCAACUCUGACAAGCCCGGGACCUUCACCUUCCACCAGGCCGUCACCCAUUGUUAUUCAGCUAGCAGCAGUUGCAAGAGGAUGGAGGUCACGCUCACGAACAGGAAUGGCAACGACGUCAGUCUUAGCGCUGCGGAUUGCAACCAUUACUUUGGGACCGAGAGAAGCGCUUGCAGUCACGGAAGCGAGCAGAACCAAAGAUCGACCCCAAUGACGGAGUCUGCUGAGCAACUUAUGGGGUUGAAAGUGGCGCAGCGCUGGGCUACAGAGGAGAGAAAUUGA